CUAGACUUUCUCUCUCCCCGCUCCCCGGCCCGGCCCCCGCCCCGCCCCGCCCCAGCCCGCUGGGCCGCCAUGGAGCGCUGGCCUUGGCCGUCGGGCGGCGCCUGGCUGCUCGUGGCUGCCCGCGCGCUGCUGCAGCUGCUGCGCUCAGACCUGCGUCUGGGCCGCCCGCUGCUGGCGGCGCUGGCGCUGCUGGCCGCCCUCGACUGGCUGUGCCAGCGCCUGCUGCCCCCGCCGGCCGCACUCGCCGUGCUGGCCGCCGCCGGCUGGAUCGCGUUGUCCCGCCUGGCGCGCCCGCAGCGCCUGCCGGUGGCCACUCGCGCGGUGCUCAUCACCGGCUGUGACUCUGGUUUUGGCAAGGAGACGGCCAAGAAACUGGACUCCAUGGGCUUCACGGUGCUGGCCACCGUAUUGGAGUUGAACAGCCCCGGUGCCAUCGAGCUGCGUACCUGCUGCUCCCCUCGCCUAAAGCUGCUGCAGAUGGACCUGACCAAACCAGGAGACAUUAGCCGUGUGCUAGAGUUCACCAAGGCCCACACCACCAGCACCGGCCUGUGGGGCCUGGUCAACAACGCAGGCCACAAUGAUGUAGUUGCUGAUGCGGAGCUGUCUCCAGUGGCCACUUUCCGUAGCUGCAUGGAGGUGAAUUUCUUUGGCGCACUUGAGCUGACCAAGGGCCUCCUGCCCCUGCUGCGCAGCUCAAGGGGCCGCAUCGUGACUGUGGGCAGCCCAGCGGGGGACAUGCCAUAUCCGUGCUUGGGGGCCUAUGGAACCUCCAAAGCGGCUGUGGCGCUACUCAUGGACACAUUCAGCUGUGAACUCCUUCCCUGGGGGGUCAAGGUCAGCAUCAUCCAGCCUGGCUGCUUCAAGACAGAGUCAGUGAGAAACGUGGGUCAGUGGGAAAAGCGCAAGCAAUUGCUGCUGGCUAACCUGCCUCAAGAGCUGCUGCAGGCCUACGGCAAGGACUACAUCGAGCACUUGCAUGGGCAGUUCCUGCGCUCGCUACGCCUGGCCAUGUCCGACCUCAGCCCAGUUGUAGACGCCAUCACAGAUGCGCUGCUGGCAGCUCGGCCCCGCCGCCGCUAUUACCCCGGCCAGGGCCUGGGGCUCAUGUACUUCAUCCACUACUACCUGCCUGAGGGCCUGCGGCGACGCUUCCUGCAGGUCUUCUUCAUCAGUCACUGUCUGCCUCGAGCACUGCAGCCUGGCCAGCCUGGCGCUACCCCACCACAGGACGCAGCCCAGGACCCAAACCUGAGCCCCGGCCCUUCCCCAGCAGUGGCUCGGUGAGCCAUGUGCACCUAUGGCCCGGCCACUGCAGCACAGGAGGCCCCGCGAGCCCUUGGUUCCUCCCCGAAAACCCCCGGCAUUAUGAUCCCCCAAGUCUGUCCUGGACCCUGGCCUAAAGAAUCCCACCCCCCAGGCCGGGCGCGGUGGCUCACGCUUGUA